GAACCAAAGCAAAGGAGAAUGGACAGGAGAAACUGUUCUUCAUUACCAGAAUUUUUUCUCCUGGGAAUUACCAGUAAUCCUGACAUGAAAGUGGUGUUAUUUGCUGUGUUUCUGAUUGUUUAUCUCACUAUUCUGCUGGCAAAUCUGGGAAUGAUCAUUUUGAUCAGGAUGGAACCCCAGCUCCACACACCCAUGUACUUCUUCCUCAGCCACCUCUCCUUCUCUGACCUCUGCUACUCCACUGCAGUUGGACCCAAGAUGCUGGUGGGCCUACUUACAGAGAACAAUCCAAUUUCCUUUGUUGGUUGUUUUCAUCAAUUCUUGUUUGUUUGUGUCUUUAUAGAUAUUGAGUGCAUGUUGCUGGCUGUGAUGGCCUUUGAUAGGUACAAGGCCAUCAGCAAUCCCCUGCUGUAUGCAGUAGAGAUGUCCAGUAGGGUGUGCUACCAAUUCAUAACUGCAGUGUACCUGGUGGGAACAAUAGAUGGUUUCAUACAUACAACAUUGGCAUUCAACUUGUGUUUCUGUGGCUCUACUCAGAUGAAUCAAUUCUUCUGUGAUUUCCCUGCAGUUUUACUCCUUUCCUGUUCUGACACACAGGCCAAUGAACUGGUAUUGUUCACCCUUUUUGGUUUCAUUGAACUGAGCACCAUCUCAGGAGUCCUUGUGUCCUAUUGUUACAUCAUCUUGUCAGUCUUGAAGAUCAGCUCUGCUGGGGGGAGGUUCAAAGCAUUCUCCACCUGUGCCUCCCACCUAACUGCAGUUGCCAUUUUCCAAGGAACAAUGCUCUUCAUGUAUUUUCGGCCAAGUUCUGCUUACUCUCUAGAUCAAGAUAAAAUGACUUCCAUCUUUUACCUGCUUAUUAUUCCCAUGAUGAACCCUCUGAUUUACAGCCUGAGGAACAAGGAUGUGAAAGGAGCCUUGGUUAAACUCAGAAAUAAAAGGUGGAUUUAA